AUGUCGUGUGUGCACUACAAGUUCUCCUCCCAGCUGAACUAUGAUAUGGUCACCUUCGACGGGCUCCACAUCUCCCUGUGCGACCUCAAGCACCAGAUCAUGGGCCGUGAGAAGCUGAAGGCGUCAAACUGCGACCUGCAGAUCACCAACGCCCAGACCAAAGAAGAAUACACCGAUGAUCGGGCCCUGAUUCCUAAGAACUCCUCAGUAAUCGUUAGAAGAAUCCCUGCGGGAGGAGUUAAAGCUACCAGCAAAACCUGUGUUCUGGCUCCUAAAUCGCACAAAAUCCUAGGAACUGCUCUCAGAGGUCGAACUGAGCCAGUGAGUGGAACAUUGAAAGCGACCGUCAAUCUGGCUGAAGCCAAUGCUUCUGAAGAAGAGAAAAUAAAAGCUAUGAUGACACAAUCUUGCUGUGCAUAUGAUCCAAUCAAUUACAUGAAGAAACCCUUGGGUCCGCCUCCACCAUCAUAUACUUUCUUUCGUUGUGGAAAACCGGGCCACUAUAGGAAGAACUGCCCAAGAACUAGGGACAAAGCUUUUGAGUCUGUUCCCAGAAUUAAAAAGAGCACAGGAAUUCCAAGGAGUUUCAUGACGGAGGUGAAAGAUCCCAACACAAAGGGUGCUAUGCUGACAAGCACUGGAAAAUAUGCAAUCCCAACUAUUAAUGUGGAAGCUUAUGCUAGAGGAAAGAAGGAAAAGCCUCCCUUUUUACCAGAGGAGCCGUUCUCCUCCACCUCGUCCGAUGAUCCUAUUCCAGAUGAGUUGUUAUGUCUCAUCUGUAAAGAUAUAAUGACUGAUGCUGCUGUCAUUCCCUGCUGUGGAAACAGUUUUUGUGACGAAUGUAUUAGAACAGUGUUACUGGACUCUGAGGAACAUACAUGCCCAAUGUGUCAUCAGACAGAUGUUUCUCCUGAUUCUUUAAUUGCCAACCAGUUCCUACGCAAGGCUGUGAACAACUUCAAAAAUGGAACUGGCUACACAAAAAGGCUCCGUCAGCAGAUUCAGCAGCCACAGCAGCAGCAGCCGCCACAACCACCACCACCACUCAUGAGACAAGCAGUAACGCACAACCUGCAGCCUCUACUCCGGCCAACAACUUCCAGACAGCAGGAUCCACCAAUGAUUCCAUUAGGUUCUCUGGCUUCUUGUUCUGCUGCUGCUUUGUCAUUGUUGGCCCCUGGUCAGUCAUCUGUGGCAGCUGGGCUGCCAAUAAAUCAAUCUACUGUCGUUGUCUCUGGUCUCCCUCCAGCAGUGUCCCUAUCUCCCCAUGCUGAAAAGCCAGAUGGACCUUUUGGUGAUGCCGAUAGUGUUCUACCUCCUGCUGCUCUGGUGACUACCUCUGAACUUUGUAAAUCUUCCUCUCUGUCAAUCAGCAGUUUGUUGGAAGAGGAGGGCUAUCAGGUUCCUGUACUAAGGCAACCAGCAUUACCAAGUCUUCUGGGCCCCCAAGGACAAUCAAUAUCCACAAGUGGUGUUCCAAUGAGAGCCAGUACGAUUCGCUCAGCAGGUGGCGGACCAGGCUGGGAACUGAAUUCAAAUCGAGGACACCUGCACAGUGAACGUACCCAAAGGACUGAGGCCCCAGCGCUACCAGCAUCAACACCAGUCUUUGUGCCUGUGCCUCCACCUCCCUUGUUUCCUCCACCACCCCAUGCACUUCCUCUUCCACUGGGGGUACCACCACCACAGUUUCCUGCUCAGUUUCCACCUGGUCAGCUUCCAUCUGCUGGCUACACUGUCCACCCUCCAGGAUAUCUCCCAGCUCCUGCAAACGUGUCAUCAGCUUGGGUGCCAAGGGCAGUACCAACAACACAGGCAGCUCCUUUAUGUAGGGAGGAGUUUUACAGAGAACAACAGAGACUUAAAGAGGAGGAAAAGAAAAAGUCCAAACUUGAUGAGUUUACAAAUGGUUUUGCUAAGGACCUGAUGGAAUAUAAAAAAAAUCAAAAGGAGCGUAGGUGUUUGUUUUCUGGGUCCACGUCUCCCUAUCGUGCUUCGUCUUAUUCUCGAAGUUCAUAUACCUGCUCCAAGUCAAGAUCAGGUUCUUCCCGCUCUCACUCCUACUCUCGAUCAUUUAGUCGUUCCCAUUGUCGUUCCUACUUGCGAUCACCCCCAUAUCCAAGAAGAGGCAAAGGGAAGAGUUGUAACCAUCGUUCGAGGUCAAGGUCACCCCCAUACAGAAGAUACCAUUCUCAGUCAAGGUCUCCAGUAUUUAGAGGCAGGUCUCCCACUAAACGGACUAUACCUCAAGGUAGGAAGGAAGUAUUUUACCAGAUAAAAGAAGUUCCAUCAUAUGAUAUGAAAGCUUACUAUGGCAGAUCUGUUGACUUUAGAGAUCCGUUUGAAAAGGAAAGAUACAGAGAAUGGGAAAGGAACUAUAGCAAAUGGCAUGAAAAGUUUUACAAGGGCUAUACUGUUGGCACUCAACCUCCAGCUCUAAAGAGAACUUCUCUCUCUAGAGAGAACUAUUCUCCACAUCGGUUUGGUCCAUCUGGGCAAGAGAAUUCGCCAUAUGCUUGGGGACAUAGAGAGGAUUACCCUGAUGGGCAGAGCCAUCGAAAUCGUAAUAUAGCUAGAAAUGACCCUGAAAAACUUUCUGGAAGAGAGAGCCGUGGCCUCAAAGAGCCUACAAAAUCAAAAGAGAAGAAGGUGGAAUAUCCACUGGGAGAUGGCAAAGGAAAUAAACAUAAAGAACACCGGAAGAGAAGAAAAGGGGAUGAGAAAGAAAGAUUUCCCAAUGCUGAGCUGUUAGAAGGUGCAAGAAAACCAAAAGAGUCAGUUACAGCAGAAGACGUUAAAACGGACUCUCUGUUCAUGCACCCAAGUAGAGAUGAUGCCACCCGUGUGAGAGAUGAGCCUAUGGAAGCAGAUUCCGUUGCUUUCAAAGCGCUGCCUGGAAAGAAGAAAAAAGAGAAGGCUAAGCCAAAAGCAGAAAUUGACAAGUCAAAGCGGAAAGCUCUUGUAGAUUACACCAGCACUACUUCUCCUGGAGGAAGCCCUGUUAGAAAGACUGAAGAACAACCAGAUACAAAACAAACUGUCAUUAAGACCAUGGAGGAGUAUCAUCAUGAUACAACGGCCCCUGCUGAAGAUGUCAUUGUUAUGAUCCAGGUCCCUCGGUCCAAGUGGGAUAAAGAUGACUCUGAGUCUGAAGAGGAAGACAUUAAAUCUACCCGGGUGCCCGCAAACGAAAAUGUGAGUGCUAAACCACCAAACACUGUAAAAUAUAAUGAAAACAAGACUGAGCCUUUGGAGGAAACACAGAAAACUACAAAAGAGGCGAGUUAUGAAAGCUCCCAGCGUGAUGCAAAAAGUUCAAGAAGUUCGAUGUCAAAUGAAAAAGGAAAAACCAAAGACCAGGAUCAUUCUUUGUCAGGCAAAGACACUUCUGAGAAGAGAAAGUGCAGUGUUCAGCAAGAAGAAGACCACUCGGGACAUGCAACUGAAGAAGGAAAUGGAAAAAAUAUUUCUCAGUCUUCCAAAUUCCGCAGGUCUUCAGAGAAGCAUGAUACUGGCUGUGCAUCCACUGCUACAGACAUCACUCUUAACCGAGACAAAAAAUCUGACCAUGAUGGCAACAGAGAUCAUUCUAGUUCCAAAUGUAGAGAUGAAAAGAGUGAAUUAGCAAGGAGAAAAGACUCCCCUUCUCGAAACACAGAACCUACAUCAAUACAGAGAAGUAAGCUGAGAGAUGAACGAGCAGAGCCGUCCAAAAAGGGUGCUGAAGAUGUCAAAAGGAGCAGCUACGUUCCUCCGCAUGAGCAGAAGCAGUCUGAUCACAAAGCUGCUCACGAUUCCAAGUGUAUAUUGGAGGAACACAAGCCUCUAGAUAAAAAUUCCGGGAAAGAGAAAGAGAAGCAUGUACCAGAAGUAAAGGGCAAUAAAGAGAAAGAGCCAGAUGGUAAUAAACCGCCUUUGAGAGACGAAUCGCCAGGUGUAAGAAAUGAGAAAGAGAACGUCACUGGGCAAAAUGAUAGAAGUGUUGUCAAGCCUAAGCCUCAGGUAAGCGGCUCCUCAUGGCUCUCUUCUGAUCUAAUUCGAGAGACUGAUGAGGCUGUGAUUGUACCAGACUACAGUGAAAGUGACAGUGAGAGUAAUGUAUCUGCAAAAGAUGAGGAAGCUGCAGGAAAAAAUCCUAAAGAACCGAAAGAAAAGGCUGUUGAUAGGGCGGAAGAGGAUACAGCAGCACCUGCUGCAGUCGAGCAGCCUGAAGCAAGCCAAAGUCAAAGCAGUCCCAGCGUUAGCCGCAGCUAUAGUCAAAGCCCUUUUGAGAGUCAGGCUCGACGCCACAGCAGCAGUGCCAGCUCAGGAGAGAGACAAGACAGCAAGAAAAAGAAAAAGAAAAAAGAGAAAAAGAAGCACAAGGAGCAUAAGAAACACAAGAAGCAUAAGAAACACAUUGGAAAUGAAACGGAAUUGGAGAAGAGCCAAAAGCACCAACGCAAGAAGAAAAAAUCAAAGAAGAGCAAAGAUAAAGAUGGCCAAAAAGUGAAAUCUGUCACUACGUAG